AUGUUGGUGACGACAACAAUACGAGGUCGGAGGUCGGAGUGGACAUCGGCUCUCCUUGAUACAAAGCGGCAAGAUGCGAGGGCGAGAAGGACUUCGCCGUCGCUCUUUCAAAAGCGGAGACAUGGGCAGGUCAAUGAGGCUAAGGACGACAACAUCGGUGGCAUCACUAUGCUGGUCAUGGCUCGUUUCCCUUUCCGGCGUGGUGACACGAACUUGAUUACAGCGCUGGUGACAACGCUUUCUCCGCCGCCGGUGACGACGACAACGUAUGUUGACUAUGCUCAGCUGAAUAAACGUCGCUGA